AUGUAUUGCGUCUUAAGAGCAAGCAUUGAUGGCAGAAAGUUGGUGCAAAUUUCUAGCAGCAAAGCCCAGAAGUGGUGGCAACUGGCUUAUACUAUAGUUUAUUGUACCGAAGCCUGGCUCUCUCUGGCUCUGCACAAAGCGAAUCCAAACCAGAAGUGUUUCUUGCAUGCGCCAUCUUUUUUUGUGGUUGAUGUGGAGCCGGACAACUUCCCUAGUAUCGAUCACUCAAGCCUCAGCAAGCUAGUUAGGAAGAGAAACACCACCCAGCUUGCACAGUUUGGAGGGGUUGAGGGUGUGGUCGCAAAGCUCCAAACCAAUGCAGAGAAUAGGAUUAAAGGCGAUGUUGAUGACAUUGCCUCUCGACGCAACAUCUUUGGCUCCAACUCCUAUAGGAAGCCACCUGCAAAGACACUCCAAGUUGUGAUGGAUGCUAUUGCGGAGGCAUUUAAAGAUCCCAUUAUUCUCAUCCUACUUGUUUGUGCUGCUCUUUCUCAUGGUUUCGGAGUUCACAAGGAUGGGCUCAAAGGAUGCUCUGAUGGUGCCAGCACAUUCAUUGCCGUCUUCCUAGUCAUUGCUGUCUCUGCCUCGAUUAAUUUCUGGCUCAAAAAACAAUUCAACAAGUUAUCCCAAGGCAGCAGCGACAUCUGGGUUGAUGUCACAAGAAAUGGACAGCAACAGCAGAUUCCAAUUUUUGAUGUUGUUGUUGGAGAUGUUGUUUCAUUGAAGAUCAGAGAUCAAGUUCUUGCUGAUGGGUUGCUCUUAGAUGGACACCCAUUAAAGGUAGAUGAAUCAAGCAUCACAGCAAAAAGUUAUCCACUUGAAGAAGUCGACCAGAUCUUUAAUCCGUUCUUGCUUUCUGGCACCAAGGUCAUUGAUGGGGAUGCUCGGAUGCUUGUGACUUCAGUCGGCACGAACACAGAAUGGGGACAGACAAUGAGCAAAAUAAACUAUGAUUUUGAUGAGAAGACGCCUUUACAAGCUAAGCUCAAAAAUCUCACCUGGUUUAUAGGAAUGGUCGGCAUGCUAUUUGCUUUCCUGGUUCUUGUAAUAUUGUUGAUUCGCUACUUCACUGGAAAUAUGCAUGGCGAUAAUGGAAGUCGGGAGUUCACUGGUGACAAGAAAAAUAUACAUUACUUGUUCAAAGCUGUAGUGGGAAUCCUAGUAACCCCAGUUACCAUUGCAGCAACUGCCUUUCCAGAAGGGUUUUUGCUUGCUGUCAAGGUUACUUUUGCUUAUUGA